AAGGAUGUUAUCGAAAUUAAUCCCAAACGAAAUUCUAAAAGAAAAAAAAGAAAAAGUUUUACGACGUCGUCAUUUCUUAUUCAACCAAACUUUGGUUUGGCUUCACAGGGCCAGUAGCGGCUUUCUGGUACUGCUCCAGAGCUCCGUAUGGGUUUUUCACAUGGGGUUUCAAAAACCCUAAAAUCGCCAAAAUCCCUAUCUCUUCUGCGAUCAUAUUAUUCAAAAUUCAACCCAUACCCUUCUAUAUUCGGAUUAAACGACCACCGUUUUGGCUUAAUAAAACAUGAUUAUUGCUCUAAUACGCGCAAGGAGAACAUCAAUCCUAUAGAUUUGAGCAAGUAUCCUACUGAACGAAUUAGAAAUUUCUCGAUAAUUGCACAUGUUGACCAUGGAAAGUCAACGCUAGCUGACCGGCUUUUGGAGCUCACUGGAACCAUUAAAAGAGGCCAUGGUCAGCCUCAGUACCUCGAUAAAUUGCAGGUAGAGAGAGAAAGGGGAAUAACUGUUAAAGCUCAAACAGCUACCAUGUUCCACAAGUACAACUUUCAUGGACCCAAUAUUGGUGAUGCACAUGAACCACCUACAUUUCUACUAAAUCUAAUUGAUACACCUGGUCAUGUCGAUUUCAGCUAUGAAGUAUCAAGAUCAUUAGCAGCAUGCCAGGGUGCCCUUUUGGUUGUGGAUGCUGCCCAAGGUGUUCAGGCACAGACUGUAGCUAAUUUUUAUCUGGCUUUUGAAUCUAACCUGACAGUAAUACCUGUCAUUAACAAAAUAGACCAGCCAACCGCGGAUCCUGAUCGUGUCAAAGCUCAAUUAAAAUCAAUGUUUGAUCUUGAACCCAGUGAUUGCCUCUUAACAUCUGCCAAAACAGGGCAGGGUCUCGAACAAGUCCUUCCUGCAGUCAUAGAACGAAUACCUUCCCCUCCUGGGUAUAGUAAUUCACCUCUGCGUAUGUUAUUGCUGGACUCUUAUUAUGAUGAGUACAAGGGAGUAAUCUGCCAUGUCGCAGUUGUGGAUGGCAUGCUGCGGAAGGGAGAUAAGAUUUCAUCUGCAGCAACUGGCCAUUCAUAUGAGAUUCUGGAUGUUGGAUUCAUGCAUCCUGAACUUACUCCAACUGGAAUUCUUCUAACCGGACAAGUGGGGUAUGUGGUGAGUGGGAUGAGAUCAACCAAAGAAGCACGUGUUGGAGACACUUUGUAUCAUAGCCGAACCAGUGUAGAACCUCUACCAGGUUUUAAACCUGCAAAACAUAUGGUGUUCUCUGGUCUUUAUCCAGCUGAUGGGUCUGAUUUUGAUGCGCUUAACCAUGCAAUAGAGAGAUUGACGUGCAAUGAUGCGAGUGUCUCUGUUACUAAAGAGAGUAGUUCUGCACUUGGCCUGGGUUUUAGGUGUGGUUUCUUAGGCUUACUUCACAUGGAUGUUUUUCAUCAGCGGCUUGAACAGGAAUAUGGAGCUCAUGUCAUUUCUACCGUUCCAACUGUCCCUUAUAUUUUUAAGUAUUCCGAUGGAAGCAAAGUACAAGUUCAAAAUCCUGCUGCAUUGCCUUCAAACCCCAAGAAACGAGUUACUGCUAGUUGGGAACCUACAGUUGUUGCUACAAUUAUCAUCCCUAGUGAGUAUGUGGGGCCUGUUAUUACCCUUUGUUCUGAGCGGAGAGGACAGCAGUUGGAGUAUUCAUUUAUUGACAGCCAACGAGCCUUUAUGAAGUAUCGCCUACCAUUGAGGGAAAUUGUUGUUGAUUUUUACAAUGAGCUGAAGAGUAUAACAUCAGGAUAUGCUUCAUUUGAUUACGAGGAUUCAGAAUAUCAAGAAGCUGAAUUGGUGAAACUUGAUAUCCUCUUAAAUGGUCAACCAGUUGAUGCAAUGGCAACCAUUGUCCACAAUUUGAAGGCACAGCGUGUUGGUCGUGAGCUGGUGGACAAACUGAAGAAGUUCAUUGAUAGGCAAAUGUUUGAGAUAACCAUACAAGCUGCAAUUGGGUCAAAGGUUGUUGCAAGGGAAACGAUUUCAGCUAUGAGGAAAAAUGUUCUUGCUAAGUGUUAUGGUGGGGAUGUUACCCGGAAAAGGAAGCUUUUAGAAAAACAAAAAGAAGGCAAGAAGCGAAUGAAGCGUGUUGGUUCUGUUGAUAUACCACAGGAGGCUUUCCAUGAAUUACUGAAAGUGUCAUAGAGAAAUAUAUCAAAUAAUUGACCAUGUAUUGGACAAUGCUGAUUUGUCAUGUGGAUCAUAUUUUUGAAAGCAGGCUUCAGUUUUAGUCGAGGCCUCUUGCUGCAAUUUUUCUUCUCUAUAAAAGUUUUCAGUUGUGAGAAAUUUUCCCAAGCUUUCAGGAAAACCUAAUUCUGGAGGCACUCUUGUUGAAGGCUAAGAAAAAAGUAUGGAAGAAACGGAAGCGAAGACGAGAAAAAGCAAAAACAAGGCAUGUGAAGAAGCACAAUCAGUCAGAUUCUGCUUUGGUCCUUCUUCCCAAGUUAUGCUUCUAGACAAUCAUCUGAGCUUAUCCCGUAAGGAACUUUCUCAAUUCCAUCAGAAAUCGACCGUUUCUUUGCGUAACCAAUGGCGGCUUUUCUCCAUUAAUCAUGCGCAAUAAAUUUUUGCUAAUGUCUAGCUAGGCAAAGUUGUACCAGUUUUGUGUGCUUUUCUAGAAUUACUUCUUAAGUUCGCCUGAUUUGUUUAAAUUAUUUUCAAAUUCAAACAUGUUAUGCAUUUAGACUUUGCAAAGGGGCAACUAAAGUAUAGCCUGAAAGUCUCACAUUCGUAGUGAUAAAUAAUCUUAACCUUAUCAAUUCUUAA